GUCAACUUCUGCGAGGGGAGGGAAAACAGACGGAUGUUUUCGCCUGAGCGAAAAAAGCCGUCAACUCUGUUUAAUCAGUGUGCAAGAUGCAUCCUCACAAGGUAGACCUCGACAAACUGUCAGGGGAGUGAAGCCUUGAAGAACUGUUAAUCGAAUAUGCAACUCUUUUGCAUUUACUUCUACGCAUGAAGAUAAUCAGAAGACUCGUAGAAGAACAGUAAAACAAUUUAAAAAAAAAAUACUAUUUGCUACUAAUAUAGCACAUUUUGGGAAAGGGCAACUAACUUUAAGGCUUCAUCAUAUGCAACCCUGAACUUCAAAUAUGGACUAGUCAAAUAAAUAAUUGUAAUUGAACAAAAGCUAAAUUGCUCUUUUUGAUUCCAUUUGAAUUCGGGGAGGAUUAUCUUGUCGAAGUAAAAUCCAUUAUAUUGUUACCUUGCUGUGACAGUGCCACGUUUGAGAUUGAGUCUGAUGGGCUAAGCAAGCGAAACUAAAAUAAUUUUGCUGAUGGGCUAGCCUACAUUGUAACGGUUUAAGAGUUAGGUUGGACGUUUUUGAAAUGGUCUUGGCGAAAUAGUUAUUUUACCCUGGUUAGGGUGGGCAAUGUUAUUCCAAAGUACAUGACUUCACUCCAACGUCCCACUCACCCUUCUAAGAAUGCUGGACUGAAUGCUGAGGAAUGGCGUCGGCGAUAUUCGAGGGGACAUCUCUUGUCAAUAUGUUUGUCAAGGAUUGCUGGGUGAACGGAAUCCGAAAACUGAUCAUAAGUCAACGAGGAGAGGAAGAAGAAUUCUACGAGAUCAGAACUGAGUGGUCGGACCGAAACGUUUUGUACUUGCACAGGAGUUGUUCAGAUUUUGGGAGAUUGUUCAAAAGACUGGUUGAAUCCUUUCCUGAGGACAGAAGAGUUCUCACCAAGUCCCCGCUUAUAGAAGGUCUGGUUAAGAUGAAAGAGGCCAAUGACAUUGAGGUGAAGCUAAAUGAGGUGGAGAGGUUACUGAAGAAUACGAUCAACAUGCCAUGGAAGUAUUCUAGGUCAGAGGUGGUGUUGACAUUCUUUGAACGAUCACCCUUGGACCAAGUGCUGAAGAAUGACAACAUCCACAAGAUCCAGCCAUGCUUCCAGAGUCCAUACAAGAUAUCAGAGAUCAUGUGUUUGAAUGGCUUCUGUCUAGCCAACACUGAGACCAUCGUGUUUGACGAGUGUCUGCCACAGGACAAAGAAAGACCCUCAUCCACUGACUCUGCAGAACACCAGGACGAGGAUGGCCGGGAGUUCCUGACGGUGGAACCAGACAUCAGUGGUGAUGACUCGGAUGCCUAUCUCACCAACCUGUCCUAUUACCACCUUCUCCCCUUUGAGACGGACAUCCUGGAAUGAGGAACCAAAAUGGCAGAUGGGUGGCACCAUUGCCUGCUCAGAUGCUGUCAGAAAGCAACCCAUGUCAUGUGACCUAGCUAUGGAAAGAUCUGCGUAACUGCACCGACCAACUUUGCUGCUGCUGCUGCUUAUAGGCCAGCGUUCGUCUUGGCAGCUUUGUCUUGGCAGCAGGAGAGCGGAUCCUGGUGUUCAGCAGCUGUAUGGACAGACAGAAAGGGAUACAGACAGACAUACUGUAGUAUUACUCACAGAAAGAUUGUAUAGAGAGAUAUUUAAUAUCAAUGUCCAAUGUCUUUGAGAUCACCAGUGUGCCUCAUCCUCUUUCCUCAAGCUGUUGUCUCAAGAUGGGGUUAUAAGGAAAUAGGGAGACUACCCAUUUCAUGGUCCUCAAACUGCUUUCUCUGUGGGAUUCUGGUUGUCAAGGAGCUUGGUGUACAAUGAGGACCAGUUAUAAUGCAGAAACAACACUUCAUAGAACUGUGUUCAGUAUUGGCCUUAAACUGCAGUGUUGGUAUUACGAGAGAUUAUGUUGUUUUCUGUGGAGUGAUAGCUUGAUUCUCCUAAUUGGGAUUGAAUGGGAAAUGUACUUUUUUUUCAAUGCAACUUUUCCUCACCAGACCUAAUGUCACGACGAUAAAUUGUGAUUGUUAUUGUAUUAAAAAUGUAGAUAAUGUGACAUAUCAGAACACUACAUAACAAUAUGAAUUACAGUACCUGAAUGGUUUGAGUAGCUAAAAUGAACCUUUGAAUAAUCUCAAUCUGGGGAUUGUUAUCAUGUGAAAAGCGUGUUUUGCUGGUUCAAGCAGGGCCUGUAUUAUGUUGUGUAGGCUACUGUAAUUGCCAUGUGAGCUGAGCCCAGCAGCUCAGUCCAACAGCUGACUACAGUCUCAGUGUGUGAGCUGAGCCCAGCAGCUCAGUCCAACAGCUGACUACAGUCUCAGUGUGAGUCUGCAGCCCAGCAGCUCAGUCUAACAGCUGACUACAGUCUCAGUGUGAGUCUGCAGCCCAGCAGCUCAGUCCAACAGCUGACUACAGUCUCAGUGUGAGUCUGCAGCCCAGCAGCUCAGUCCAACAGCUGACUACAGUCUCAGUGUGAGUCUGCAGCCCAGCAGCUCAGUCCAACAGCUGACUACAGUCUCAGUGUGAGUCUGCAGCCCAGCAGCUCAGUCCAACAGCUGACUACAGUCUCAGUGUGAGUCUGCAGCCCAGCAGCUCAGUCUAACAGCUGACUACAGUCUCAGUGUGAGUCUGCAGCCCAGCAGCUCAGUCCAACAGCUGACUACAGUCUCAGUGUGAGUCUGCAGCCCAGCAGCUCAGUCCAACAGCUGACUACAGUCUCAGUGUGAGUCUGCAGCCCAGCAGCUCAGUCCAACAGCUGACUACAGUCUCAGUGUGAGUCUGCAGCCCAGCAGCUCAGUCCAACAGCUGACUACAGUCUCAGUGUGAGUCUGCAGCCCAGCAGCUCAGUCCAACAGCUGACUACAGUCUCAGUGUGAGUCUGCAGCCCAGCAGCUCAGUCCAACAGCUGACUACAGUCUCAGUGUGAGUCUGCAGCCCAGCAGCUCAGUCCAACAGCUGACUACAGUCUCAGUGUGAGUCUGCAGCCCAGCAGCUCAGUCUAACAGCUGACUACAGUCUCAGUGUGAGUCUGCAGCCCAGCAGCUCAGUCCAACAGCUGACUACAGUCUCAGUGUGAGUCUGCAGCCCAGCAGCUCAGUCCAACAGCUGACUACAGUCUCAGUGUGAGUCUGCAGCCCAGCAGCUCAGUCCAACAGCUGACUACAGUCUCAGUGUGAGUCUGCAGCCCAGCAGCUCAGUCUAACAGCUGACUACAGUCUCAGUGUGAGUCUGCAGCUCAGUCCAACAGCUGACUACAGUCUCAGUGUGAGUCUGCAGCCCAGCAGCUCAGUCCAACGCUGACUACAGUCUCAGUGUGAGUCUGCAGCCCAGCAGCUCAGUCCAACAGCUGACUAUAGUCUCAGUGUGAGUCUGCAGCCCAGCAGCUCAGUCCAACAGCUGACUACAGUCUCAGUGUGAGUCUGCAGCCCAGCAGCUCAGUCCAACAGCUGACUACAGUCUCGGUGUGAGUCUGCAGCCCAGCAGCUCAGUCCAACAGCUGACUACAGUCUCAGUGUGAGUCUGCAGCCCAGCAGCUCAGUCCAACAGCUGACUACAGUCUCAGUGUGAGUCUGCAGCCCAGCAGCUCAGUCCAACAGCUGACUACAGUCUCAGUGUGAGUCUGCAGCCCAGCAGCUCAGUCCAACAGCUGACUACAGUCUCAGUGUGAGUCUGCAGCCCAGCAGCUCAGUCCAACAGCUGACUACAGUCUCAGUGUGAGUCUGCAGCCCAGCCCGAACAAAUACUCUCUUUAUCUAAAGAAAACAAAUCACCAUGUUGUGUGCAAAACCACUAUAGGGAAAUUGUUGAAUUUAGGCAAACACUGGAUUUUCCUCCCCCUGUUAUCUACAAUUGAAGAGUUUCUUUCCAAAACACUAUAUAUCCAUUUUCAGAAAUGUUGGUAAAUUAGAUGUUAUUGUUUAAAGAACUUAUGAAAGAGAUUGGUGUAUUUUUUCACUAUCUAAUCAUGGCAUGGGGCUGUUCAAUCACAUACAUGCAUUUGUUUGAAAUCUAUCACUUGAUGGUUUCAUUUCAGAGAGACAAAUAAGGAUCUUUCUUUGCAAAAUGCUAUAUAU